AUGGAGAUACUCACUAACGAUGCCGGCGAAACGUCUGGGAAUGGCCGAGUAGUAUCUACCUUGGGUGGCUGGGCCCCUAUUGAAGGCUCGGCACUCGUUUCGCGGCUGCGCAACAUCGUCUGUUGCUGUGGCAGCCACAAGAUGGCCGUGUCGACAGUCCCAUUCGGAGGCCACUCAAGUCAGUGGGGCGAAGUGGUGACGCGUUCGCCCCUUACAGACACACACGAGACGAGUUCGAGUCCCGUUGGAGGCGUUGAGAGUGGGUGGUUGCGCAAAGUCGAGGCUGUUGUCCAGUCCGGGCUGGAUGAGAGGACCUGCAAACUAAAUACUGCCAGUCUCGAGUGGUUCCCAUCGCGAAGCUCACUUUUAAGGCGACCCCAAACGCAAGGAAUGGACGCCAGGCUUCCUGCCUUUUGUCGUUUACUGCCACCUGCUCUGUUGGUCUGUGGCCUCUUCUCUCGGACCGCACCGGGGCCCAUCCGCGCCAUCGGAGACACUUCGACUUGCAGACUUGACCGACUUGAGGCUUGCUGUUAACGAGGUCGGAUUGCUCGCAUUGACUGGCUUUUCUGGUGGUACCUCUGGUUUGACCCGGUGGAUCCGGUGGUUCCGGUUGAUUCGGUUGAUCCGGUGGAUCCGGUUGAUCCGGUUGAUCAGGUUGAUCAGGUUGAUCAGGUUGAUCCGGUUGAUCCGGUUGAUCCGGUUGAUCAGGUUGAUCCGGUGGAUCCGGUUGAUCCGGUUGAUCAGGUUGAUCAGGUUGAUCCGGUUGAUCCGGUUGAUCCGGUUGAUCCGGAUCUCAAGCAGCAGUUGGGCCGUCUGUCGAGAGACUCACCGAAAUUGAGCGUGGCUGCCAGAAAACGGGGUAAAAAGACAAUUUCCCACCAAUUUGAGCAGUUUACAAUUGUUUUACAACUCUCAUUCAUCCUAUUCCAGUAG